CAUAGCUAUAGGGAGCAGGGAUUCAACAUCCGUUUUGUCCAUCUCGUCUCAUUUGUCUUUCGUCGUGGUCGUGUUGGAAACCUCUCUCUCUCCUCCUUUCCUUUUGAAAUGAAAAUUAAGAUGAGACAGAAAAUUGAACUAAUCGUGUGCUCUUGUGUCUUGUCCUAGCUAGCUAGCUAGCUUGGAUCCACCAUGGACGUCGACGGCGAGACCAUGGGCAAGAAGAAGAUCCCGGUCACGGAUGCUGCCCGGCUGGUCAGCGCUUGGGCGCUCUUCACCGCUUGCGUCUUCCUCGCCUCCUUCGCCCUCGCCUGCUACCACGUCCCGUGCGACCUGUGCGUCCAGCCGACGGACAUUACCGGGAUGGUGUACUGCGCUGCGACUCAGGCGGCCGUGGCGGCGCUGGCGCUGCUGCUCCCAGGCCGCCACCUCUGCGUCCGCAGUGCCCUCGCGGACCUCGCGCUCGUGCUCACCAUCGUCGUCCACCUCAUCCUCACGUUGGCUGUCGACCCCGACAACAUCCUCGUGAUCUACUGGGCCAUCUUCUUCAUGGCGGGCGACUUGGUCAGCUCCCUGGCCCUCCUUUUGGGAGGUGAGGAGGAUUGAGGACCGAUUAGGUCAGCUCAUGAUCGAGGCACUGGUGAUGACUGACUGACUGACGAGUAGUUCUAUGAUUCUAUCUUAUGCACGAUGUGAGGAUCGAUCGAUCGAGAUACGGACAUACGGUAUCGAUCGAGAUACGGUAUUGAGGAUCGAUGUAGUGUUCCACCGUUUGGUUUCGACUUCUGAAAUAUGCAUGCAUGGCAGAGCGCCUGAGUUUUAUCGUCAAAAAAUAAAAAAAGAUGUAAUCUGGACGAUCCGAUCCUAUGAUGAUUUAAUCUGCUAGCUGUUUC